UCUUCCUGAAGUAUUCGCUUAACUGUGUAUUUUGUUAAAUUUUAAGCCAUGGAUCUUAGUUUAGACCAGCUUAUUGAAACCACAGAAAUUGUUUUGAUGUUAUCACUUAUGUGGAAGAUAAGAAAAAUGAUGAAGGAACGUCAACAUCGAAGGAAACAUCCUCUUGGUCGUAGGUGGACUCGUCUACACAAUACGCAAGAAAACCGGGAUACCCAUUCAUGGUAUCAUACUUUAUUACAACCUGCUGCUCUCCGUGAUGUAAAACAGUUUCACAACUGGACUAGAAUGAGCCCUACAGCUUUCAACGCUCUUGCUGACAAACUUAGUACUAGUAAUCUUGUCAAUAAACAGAUCACAAGAAUGAGGAAACCAAUAUCAGUUGGGGAACGAUUAGCAAUUACAUUGAGAUACUAUGGAACGGGCGAUAAUUUAAAGACGAUUGUGGCCGGUUAUUGCGUGGGACACGCCACAGCGUAUAAAAUUGUUGUGGACACGGGUAUCGCCAUUUACAAAGCGUUGGUACCCGACUAUUUGAAAGUUCCAGACAUUACCAAGUGGAGAAAGAUAGCCAUCCAGUUCUCAAAAAUGUGGAAUUUUCCGAAUUGUAUUGGAGCAAUAGAUGGAAAACAUAUUGCUAUGCAAUCACCGCCAAAUGCAGGAUCCGACUACUUCAAUUACAAAAACUUUCACAGCAUAAUCCUUAUGGCGAUGUGCGACGCGCAAUACAAAUUUACGAUGGUAGAUCUUGGAGCGUAUGGCAGAGAAGGCGAUAGAAAUGUGUACAACACAUCUAUCAUCUCCAAGAAACUCGCUGAAGGUACUCUUGGAAUCCCACCGUCAUGCAAACUUCCCCGUAUUUGCUGA